AUAACAUUUGCACAUAAAAGUAAAGACUGGUUUUGGAUUGAGCCCUCUGCAAGCUGCUUCCGAGCGAUGUACGGUUCGCACUUAGUCCCUGCGCCACUUUAAUCCUUGAAAACCCAAUCAGCGUGAUCCAAUACUGAAGUGUGAAAGUAGGAGAGGCAAUGACGAUGAAUUUGACCUGUCGCUCAACGUCAUUAGCAUCGCGGCGGCAGCAAGGAUACGGCCGGUUAUUAAUACUCUUGGUUGCCGCAACCCUAAGUCAUAUCUCAGGUGCUAGGCAGGUGCUUCGGUGGUCUGAGGAGUUUAAGCCAGGCUGCAAAACCACUGACAAGUUUUGCAUCAAUGGGGGCAUCAACCUCCAUAAAUUCGGUUUUGACCUGGGCGACGGAACUUCCUACGGGCCAAGCCUUAUAGGCUGGGGCAACUGGCAGCGCCAAUGCCACACCAACGCCUCCUCCAACGUUCGUGUUGAGCCCUUCCCCAACAACCCAACUGACGGCAUGUUGGUCAUCCAAGCGGGCUACGAGCCCUCCGGUUACACCUGCUUUAACGAGAACGCGCCUCCCUCCACCACCAACUACACCUCGGCGCGCCUCAUCACGCGCAACAAGGCCACCUUCAAGUGGAAGGGCGCUCCGGGCAACUCCACCCCCGUCCGCAUCGAUGUACGGCUGAAGGUCCCCUUAGUGAAUGGCACGUGGGCGUCCGCUUGGAUGCUCCCCGAAACCAACAAGACCUGGUGCAUGGCGUGCGGCCCGUACGGAGAUGGAUGGUGCCUCGGAGGGGAGAUUGACAUCAUGGAGCACAUAAACUCCAACGACUACCUGAUCAGCAACGUCCACCACGGCGGCCUACCCAACGCAUCCUGGGUGGGCUGCAAGCAGACUGUCGCUGUGUACAAGAACAAGCCCAAGAUGAGCGACUGGAACGUCCUGAGCAUGAUUUGGGACUCGACAUACAUCCGCUUCCUGGCGAAUGGCAAGGAGUACAAUAAAAUUACGUUGGGCAAGUGGAGCACCGGAGGCUCAAGCAGUCCAUACGCCCCUUUUGACGUUCCGUUUUACCUCAUCUUUGAUCUCGCCAUCGGUGGCCUCUACCCGGGGUACAAGAUCGACAAUGCAAAGGUGGCGGCGGGCGAAGCUCGAUUUAACAUUGACUACAUUCGAGUGUACGACAUCGUACCGUAAUCCGAACCGCACGUACGAGAAAACAACCGCCGGCGCCGUCAUUUUUUGGAUCACAAGACAACGC